AUGUUCUGUGCUGGUGUAUCUUCCCAUACCCUUGGAGAGAUACAGAGCAAGUUUUCUUUGGCCCCUGCUUCACUCCCAAUACGCUAUUUGGGGCUGCCACUUUGUUCUAAAAAGCUAUCUGUCAAUGACUGUGAUCCGUUGAUAUCCAAGAUCAGAAUCAAAAUCAAUAGUUGGAUGCAUAGACAUUUGAGCCUGGAUGGACGUUUACGAUUGCUCUCAUCGAUAAUAUCUGGAAUCAUCGUCUUCUGGACACAAGCCUUCUUCCUCACAAAAACAGUUAUUCGGAAAAUAAACUCUUUAUGUAGCUCGUUUUUGUGGCAUGAAAAGCUAGACUGCCCUACAGGGGCUCGGGUUGCUUGGUAUGAUGUUUGUUUCCCCAAGGCUGAAGGGGAUUUGGGAAUCAGAUCAAUAUCAUCAUGGAACGAAACUAGUGACUUGAAACUCAUUUGGAUGUUCUUCUUUAGAUUUGGCUCAAUUUGGGUUGCUUGGAUGCGGAGCCGGUAUCUCAAUCGCUCUUCUUUCUGGUCUUUAAAGGAAGAUAAUGCCACCUUCUCAUGGAUGUUUCGAAAAAUAUUGAAGCUUCGUCAAAAGGCUCUUUCAUUUUUGAGGAUUUCGAUUGGUUUAGGGUAG